GAUUUCAAGGUUACACAAACCGGAAGUUCAGGAAAAGGAGGCGUAUCAAACCUAAUUGUUUACGAGUGGUCUUCUGACCAGGCACACUUCACAGCGGACUUCUUGAGUUAUUUUCAGCAGCUUCAGGACGGCUUCAUUGAUUUGUGAUGCUCGGAGCAGAGCGGUCUGCUCUGUCUGAACUAGCGAAGAUGACGGCCGCGAGUCACGCGGAGAGGACUGUGCUGGAGGAGGAAUUUAAUUGGCUGUUGAAAGAAGAGGUGCCUGCGGUGCUGAAACAGCUGCAAGACAUUUUGAAGGAGGCAUCAAGGCGUUUUUCAAUGCCGUCACCAGGUCUGGAAGGACAGCUGAAACAAGAGAACUUCAUUCUGGGCAGCUCUACGAUAGACCAGGUGAAAGGGGUUUUGACGCUACAAGGAGAAGCUCUAACUCAGGCUGAUAUCAACAUUAAAGUUGCUAAAAGCAGUCAAGUAAUGCAUUUUGCAUUCCGAGAUGAUAAACAGUGGAAAUUGCAGCAGAUCCAGGAUGCCCGAAACCAUGUGAAUCAGGCCCUGCAGUUACUAAGCAGCCGUGACGAGAGUUAUCACUUCAAAACUGGGGCUGAAGUCAAUAAGCUUAUGGAUGCAGUAAUGCUUCAGUUGAGCCGAGCCAGAAACAGACUCACAACCCCGGCCAGCAUGACUCUUCCUGAGCUCGCAGCCAGUGGCCUAAUGAAAAUGUUCACACCGCCGAUGCCUGGUGACGUGAUGGUGAACUUCUAUAUCAAUCUCAGUAAACUGUGUUUGACGGUGUAUCAACUACAUGUCCUGCAGCCUAACACUACUAAGAACUUUAAAUCGGCGGGAAGUUCAGUGCUGCAUAAUCCAGGAGCAAUGUUUGAAUACAGCAACACCAAGUUCGAGGUGAGUCACGUCCAUAAGGUGGAGUGUGUGGUGCCGUGGCUGAAUGACACGCUGGUGUUUUUCACCAUUUCCCUGCAGCUCUGUCAGCAGCUCAAAGAUAAGAUUUCGGUCUUCUCUAGUUUCUGGAACUACAGACCAUUUUAAGCUAUUUCUUACCAAAACUCUACAGCAAAUGAUAAUAAAAAUGAUCAAAUUUAUUAUGCUCUAGGAUGCACUAGGAUCAAAAAAAGAUCAUGAACAAGUUCCGUGAAAUAAUCUGUUGUUAUUUUACUAUAUGACCAUGUAUUGAUUUUGUGUGCAUGUGUUCUGCAGCUGUGUAUGUAGUAUAUGGACUGAAUUCGUUCAUUUGAAACGACAGGCUCUUCAGAUGAAUGUAUUCAGUGGCAUAUUUUUUUUGUUUAUGCAGUAUUUGUCAUUGUCAGUGUUGACUGUUUGUCAGUAAUCUUGUCUAUAUUGAAGUUAACCUCGUCCUCAUCUAAUAUGCGUUUAGGCUUUAGAAAGGAAAUGCUACUAAUACACAAUGCUUACGUUCUUAUGUCACAAAAACUGUGAAAUACUCCAGUUGAUUUGUGGAGCGACCUCUUCAGACUCAUUUUACCAGUGUUUUUGUCUUUUAGUCCAGGGGUUUGUAACGUUUAACACUUGAACAUUAUCUGACGCCAGGGACUAUCAUCAGUGCAGAACAGUAAAAGCAUUGAGACCAUUAGCAUAUGCUUCUGAAUGUGCAUUAAUGACCAAUAGUGUAUUUGCCAUCCUGACUCAGCUGUGGUAUGACUAUAUUAACACUAAAUGACAGAUGACAGUGAACAUGUCAGGGCUUCAUAUUCCAUAAUUCCAUUAAAAUCACACACAUUCCUGUGAAUGGCUGCCUUGGGAGCCGAGUUUAGUGUUUCUAAUAAGUAUCAUUCCAUGAUGAAAAGGAACAUUAUGUUGAGCGAUAGAUCAGAUGCCGUUUAGGGUUUGAGAUCAUUACAGAAAGUGUUAUUAACUUUGUCAGCUUUGUUUUAUUUAUUGCUACAUUUUUUUUUUCAUGCAAAAAGUCAUGCAUUUGCAUGUUAAUUUGAAUAUUGAUUCAUGUUUAAGUAAAAACUAAGUGAUUUUCAUGUAUAUUGAACGCUUAAUAUGGAAUAUUUUGUGCAAUAAACAUACUAUGAACUUUA